AUGGCGAGCGCUUUGCAGACAAGUCCAUCACUUACCUGGCCCCAGACGGCCAAGACCGAGCACAGUACAUUGCUCGUUGCACCACCGGCGACGCACCCACCUUGGCCUUUCCAAGGGGCCCCCCCUCAGCCCUAUUGGCAGGCAGGCGUCAGGAGGCGACUGGCCACAACUCUACACGGCCUUGGGAGACCCUGCAUCCUUUGGCAAAGAAGUCUGGGAUCCGUCUGGACAACCAUGUGGAUUUCCAGGACGUCCCUGGCUUCGUUGAAUACCUUCGUGGUCUUCCUAGUGGCGCUACUGUGCUAG